AGGGGCCUGUUAUGGGGAGGGGGUAACCGAGGGGGGAGAGGGGGCUCAAUCCGCAAAGCAACGUUCAGACACAGUGCAAAAAUCAUGGCGGAUGGCCCCAGGUGCCAGCGCAGAAAACAGACACAGCCACGACGCAACAACGUGAGGAGUCUUAGCAGCGUGCCGGAGGCGACCUCAGAUUCAGAUGAUGAAGAUAAACUGCACAUUGUAGAGGAGGACAGUAUUGCUGACGAUCAUGACCAAAAGUCCUCAGUAUUUCAGCUCAAAGCAGCACGGCAGCUCUCCGACACUUGCACACAGGACGAUGGCAGCCUGGGGCCAGAUGCUUUAAUACAAGAAAUAAGGGUCAAAGAGGAGUGUGUCACUGAUGAGGAAGAUGGUGCUGACGAUGAAGUGGCCGGUGAGGAAAAGCAGACGGAAACGGAGCAUAUUUACUCAGACGCCCCAGAAGAGCAUCAGAGCACGCCAGAGCGAGGGGUUCACGAUGAGAACGGUACUCCUGACGCAUUCUCGCAGCUGCACACCUGUCCGCACUGUUCCCGCGGUUACAAGCGUCACACCUCGCUGAAGGAGCACAUUAAACUACGCCAUGAAAAGAGCGAGGACAACUACUGCUGCUCCCUCUGUAGCUACACCUUCACUUACCGCACGCAGCUCGUCCGUCACAUGACCGCACACAGACACAUCCGGGAGCAGCGGACUAUUUCUCAGUCAGGCGGAAACAGAAAGUUCAAGUGUACAGAAUGCUCCAAGGCCUUCAAAUACAAACAUCACCUGAAGGAGCACCUUCGCAUACACAGCGGUGAGAAGCCAUACGAGUGCUCUAAUUGCCGGAAGCGUUUCUCACACUCGGGGUCCUACAGCUCUCACAUCAGCAGUAAGAAGUGUGCGAGCGUGACCCCUGCGGUCAACGGCCUGCCUCGUACACCUGGAGUGAAAACGGCCCUUACCGUUUCUCGCCCUACGCACAUCCUUCUGAGGGAGAAGGUGGACAUUACCAACAAACCUCUGCAAGAGCAGCUCCCCCUGAAACAGAUCAAACAGGAGCCUGUUGAACAGCAACCCAAACCUGCGCCAGCGACGCCUACGAUAUCCACUACCACUACCAAUGGAGUCGUGGCUCCGCAAGGUGUCGUCCAAACAUUGGUCCUGCCCACUGUCGGGCUUGUCCAGCCAAUCAGCAUCAACCUAAGUGACUUACAAAACGCGCUGAACGCAGCGAUGGACGGUAAUGUCAUCAGACAGGUACUGGCUAGCACUAAUACAAACGGAACGAGUGCUAAAAUCGUAGGUCAAGUGACGGGGCAGCCGCAGGCUCAAGCUGUCGUGUUACAGCCACAGCAGGCACAGCCGCAGAUGAUCUCUGCCAUCUCUUUGCCGGUCUUGGGACAAGAUGGAAAUGCCAAAAUCAUCAUCAACUACAACCCCCAGCUGGACUCACAACUCAAGGCAGUAAAAGUGAACACAACACAACCCACAGCGACGCAAGCCGGUAUGGCGCAGACGAAAUCUACGGCGUCCAACGUCGCGCAACCAAACGUUGUGCAGCUCCAGUCGGUACAGUCCAACUCGACUGAAACACAAACGUCAGGGACGGCAAAACCUACACAGGUGAACAUCAUUAAACCAGUCCAAACCGGAAACCUCGGCAAACCGCCGUCUAUCAUUAAAAUAACGCCUGCCCAGGCCGCCAGGUUGGUCCAAGCUCGGGCCGCACAACCAAAGCUCACCCAGCAAACGUUACUGCUGGUGAGAAGGGCUGACGGAACGCAGAGCCUCGUGGUUCGACAAAUACCUGUCACCAAUACGCAGAGCACCGAGACUAAAUCAACCCCGGAGAAGACUCCAAACACUCCUCCUGCUGAGAAGAAGGACACGACGGAAAACACAGGUUCACCGGAGGAUAAAUGUGAAAAACAAAACCUGACCGCACCACCAAAAAUCAUAAUCAAAUCUGAACCGGCCUCUCCGUCUGAGAUCGAGGCCGAAUUGCAGAGUGAAGAUGAGAACGAGAUGCAAACUGAUGAAACUGAAGGAGGGAAACAAACAAGUGAGCCAGUGACGCACUCUGGAACGGUUCACAGCGGCGUCGCCUGUGGAGAUAACUUCCAUAACUACGCGACGUGUCUGCUUUGCGACAGCUCCCCGAGCAAACGUAAGCCUUCGGACUGUCAAGACAGUGAGGCCAAAGGGUCGCCCACAACUAUCUCUCUCACCUCUCUGCUGGAUAAGGAUAAGAGUGGAGCAGCAGAACGCCUCCUUCCUCUUCUGAAGGCCUACAGUCAGAACCCAGAUCCUACCGAGGAGCAGCUCUCUCAGGUGGCCAAGACAGUCAAGUUACCUCUAGAAGCGGUCAGCAAGUGGUACCAGAAGAUGCGCUCUAAGAAGAUAUUGCUACAGGCUGCAGGCAACCUAAAAAACAAGCAAGAGAAAACUACACCAUCUGCUGCACCGGAGGGACUGAACUCCACUCAAGCCACAUGCACUCCCACUCAGUCCCCGAUGACACCUCAGCGGGCACGGAACGAAAACGUCCCUUCACCCGCUUCCCCUCCAGCCAGCGUCUCCACUGACGAUCUCGUCAUUGUCAAGACAGAAGACGUAGAAGAGGAGCUGCAGUGUGAACCGCUGGACCUCUCGCUCCCAAAGUCCAGCUCCGCUCAAGCCAGCACCACCACUAAGCUGCCGGUCUCCACCCAAAAGGAACCGCUCAACCUCACCUGCCUCAAGAAGCAAGCGUUGCCAGGCAACACCAUCUAUGUGACGCAGGCCAGCACGGGUCAAUUAAACAUUGUGAUGGCGCCAUUGCCAACGCUGGUUGCCAUAGCAGAGCCAGGUGGUGUUCCGUGCAUCGGCACGACAAUAUCCGGUAACAAACGAACCAUCCUCAUCCCCCAGCUCACCUACACCUACACCACCAGCCCCAGCAUCAAAACACCAGACAAAUCUGUGACCGACACAAAGGGGACGGUGAUACUCAACAACUGUCCGGUGGCAGACACCGUGUCAGACUGUGUGUCAGAGGACCAGAACGAUGAAGAUUCGCCCCUAAUGAAGAAGAAAAGGAAGACUGUUGGUGGCCUGUACGCCUGCGAUCUGUGUGACAAAAUCUUCCAGAAGAGCAGCUCACUGCUGAGACACAAGUAUGAACACACAGGUAAGCGACCUCACGAGUGCGCCAUCUGUAAUAAAGCUUUCAAACACAAGCACCACCUGAUCGAGCACACGCGACUACACUCCGGAGAAAAGCCCUACCAGUGCGACAAGUGCGGGAAACGCUUCUCUCACUCGGGCUCUUAUUCUCAGCACAUGAACCACAGAUACUCCUACUGCAAGAGAGACACUCACGAGGUGCCCGAGCAGGUCAGCACCUCCACUCCUCCCUCUCAGCUCGACUCGGACGAGAGAGAGAGCGACGGAGAGGAGGAAGAGGAUUUAUCGGCUCUGGACAUGAGCGAUAUCAGAGUGGUGCGAGUGGGAGAGGAUUACGAGGAUGACGAGGAGAGCGGCGGAGAGGAAGAGCAGGAGACGGAGGAAGGUGGAACGGCGAUGGAGGUGGAGCUCGGAGAUACUGACACUUUGGAGGAGGAAACCGUGGAAACGGAGGACGCUAUGGAGACGGAGGGGUCAAAGGAGGAGGACGCAGUUCUCGCGAAUAAUGAAGAAAACACGGAGAUGGCGACCGAGGAUUGAACGAUGAACGCUCUUUUUUUUUUUACGGUCACGAAAGAGGUGACGAGCUAAACUCACACUCGUCGGACGCUACGGAAACCGUCUCAGCUCUUUACUGUGUAUAAAACCCAGGUGUGCCUGAUUUACAAAACAGUAUUUCCUUGUUUUAAAAAAAACAAAACAAAAAAAAACUAAGAAAAACGAACUCCAACUCAACUAGACUUCGUAGGACUUCAAAGUUUCAGUUGUUUGGCUUUGUUCCGUUACCGAACCGCCCCUCUCGAUUUAUCAGUGUUCACAUGUUUUUUCUGUUGCUCUGUACAGUCAGAUUUCUAUACCUUUAUAUUUGCCAAUGAAGUUUACGAAAAUCAGUAUUUUGAAGUUUUGAGAAACAAAACUAAAUUCUGCACUGCAGGUAUACCUGGUUUACUUACGGGGGUGAUUCUCAUGAAAACUGUCAGGAAGGGUCAUAUUUUACUUGGAAAAAUCAAAAGAAAUUAUAUUUUGCAUGACGACAAUGAAGUCUAUUUUUAAUACCAUUAGACAUUUUUUUUAAAUACUUCACAACAAUUGUAAAUAUAUCGAUUUUAGUUCAUGCCAUAAAAUUUAAUUCACGCUGAUUUUAAUUUAAUCGGAAAAGAAACGUUUGUGUGCGGACGGAAUGGUUUUUAUUACUGUAUUACAGUAUCUUAAUUACAUUACAGCAAUGAAACGCUCAAAAUCCGAUGCAAAAAUUUGACUAUUUAAUGCAAAAUAUAAUUUUUAACUUGAUUUUUUUUUUUUUUUUUUUUGGGGGUGAAAUAUGACCUGGACAUUUCUUUGUGAGAUUAACCACAGAUACUUAAUGCCUCAAGUUUUAGAUACCAUUCAGUAUUUUUGUUGCGUUAAUCGGGCAAGCUGUUGUCAGCAUUGCCUCAUUUUCCCAUCUGAUCGUUCGUCUGCCUUAUGAAGGAAAUUAAAUUGCACUUCACUAUUAGUAGCUCAUUUAUAAGAAAAGAAGGAAAUUUAAAUAACGAAUUAUGGAAAUAUUCAUAGGAAUGCUUGUUAUCAUUUUAAAAAUGUAAUCGCUUUUUGAUUCAAUUUUAAACCGGUCACUUGUAACGAACUACUCGACUGAAUAAUAAUUCAAAUCAGAUCCUAAUUCUAUUUAAAAAGAAAGGGUUUUGUGAUAAGCACUCCAAAAUAUUUGUCUGCAACUGUAAAAAAAAAAAAAAAAAAAGUUUUGAAAACUUACUUUUCACGAUCAUGACACCCAUACGAAAACAAAAAAAGUCAACAUCAAAGGCAGUUUCACCUGUUGUUUCAUUCAUCUUUGCGUGGCUUUAUGUUGUAACGUGUCAGUCUAUGUUCGUAGGAGACGCUUUAAGGAACUGCACACCCACAGCCUUAUGCAAGACCGCCAAGCUGUAAGUGCCAUUCACAAACAUUAACACAGUGCUCCACGAUCACUCCGGACAAUCUAGACUUCAGCCAACUAAACAUUCAACUCUGCUCAAGCACCCGACCCAACAGAUUUAACCAAUUCAUAGAAACAUUCAAGUUCGUAACACUGCCCUCAUUUGCAAUCGAACGGCACACUUGUCAAGCCGUUAUAGCUCAUGCUGGUUUUCGGAAGUUUCGAAAAGCGGUUUUCUCUCUCUCGCGCUUUGGUAUUGGCAGGGAUAAAAAGCUAAUGCAACAUACGUGGAAUCUUACAGUAGCCCGAAACGACUAGACAAACCAAGUAAUGAAAACAAACCAAUUGAAAAGCAGGUUAAGGGUUAUUUGAUGAAUGGCGAUAAAACGAAAUAUACUUGAAAGAAAUGUAUGAACCAUAGGAUUGUAUGGGAGAGCACAACCCAUAAUCAUCAGCGUGUUCUCCGUUAUUACGAUUUCCGGCGCGCACGGCCCUAUAGACGAAACUAAAUCUAGCAUCACGACGUCAUGCAGAAGGCAAACGUAAUAUGAACGAAGUGCACAAAGAAAGCAGCACUUUGGAAAAGGCGCAUAGGAUUAAAAAUGUUUUAGUUGAUUGUGUCUGAGCAGACCAUACAGUAUUAAUUUCAAUGUGUUUUGAAAUGUUUAUUAGUUUUUGUGUUUAUGCAUGUGUAUAUUGUGUAAUACCAUCAGUAUUAUUGACAAAUGUUUCAUUUGUAGAACCUUUUUAUAUACGUCUUAUUUUUGUAUUGCUUUAUUUAUUGCGUGUGUAAUACACAACACUGUAGUUUAACACAGCGUAUUUUAGAAUUAAUCUCAGUGCCACGAAGGAGGUUAAACCCUGAUAUACAGUAUAUAAAGCCGAACUUAACAGUAUUAAUUUUAUCAUUUCAACUUAUUUUUUUAACUCUACCACAAGAAGUCAAUCAGGCAGAUAUUUGCACCCACUGCUUUAGUUUUUCUUGAAUCCUGACCCUUUUCCAACCGCUUCACAGUAAUUAACAGUAAAAGACCCUUAAACCUGUGAUGAAGAGCAUGGAUUCAUGUUGUUGUACUGGUGUUGAAAUUGCUAUUUUGGAACCAAAAGUAGUCGACCCAUUUUGUCCGUUUGUUUUUAUGUGUGCCAACUUUGCAUUGUGUGUGUAAGUGUCACAUUUUCCAUGAGGUGAUAAACCUGUUUGUAGGAUUUUUUUUCUUCCUUUGUUUCCUUUUUUGAUGCCCCAUGAAAUAAAAUGAAGUGAAGCACCA